AUGUCCUGGGCAGGGUUCAAGAAAAAUGUCAACCGCGCUACCACGCAGGUGAUGAUGAAGACGGGACAUGUGGAGCGCACAAGUGAUCGCGAUUAUGAGAUUGAAGAGCGUCGGUACCGGACGAUGGAAGCCGCCGCAAAUCGGUUACAGAAAGAGGCAAAGGGAUACUUGGAUUCGCUACGAGCUAUGACUGCCUCGCAGAUGCGGAUCGCUGAGACUAUUGAUGCCUUCUAUGGUGAUGCUGGAACCAACGACGGAGUGAGUCGGAGUUAUAAGCAGGCUGUGGAGGAUCUGGAUGCGGAAACGAUCAAGGCGCUGGACGGCCCGUACCGCUCGACUGUGUUGGAACCCAUCUCUCGGUUCUGUGCCUACUUCCCGGAUAUCAACGAGUGCAUUAAGAAGCGCAACCACAAGUUACUCGAUUACGAUUCGAUGCGCGCCAAGGUCAAGAAGCUGGUUGAGAAGCCUGAUAAGGAUGCGACGAAACUGCCCCGGACGGAGCGCGAGACGGAAAUCGCCAAGCAAGCGUAUGAGCAGUUGAACGAACAGCUUUUCACUGAACUGCCCCAGCUCAUCGACCUGCGAGUGCCGUACCUGGAUCCUAGCUUCGAGGCCCUGGUAAAGAUUCAACUGCGGUUCUGUGCGGAGGCAUACUCGCGCAUGGCGCAGGUGCAACAGUACUUGGAUGCAGAGACGAGGGACCAGUAUGCUCGGGGAGACCUGGACAACCGGGUGGAAGAGGUGUUGCAGGAGAUUCGGGAUUUGAGCAUAGCAGGCACGGUCUGAUAGUUUGUUCGUUCGUCAUACUUUGGAGUGGAGUUCAAUUCUUUGCUUGUCUGUUUUCUUUAAUUGCGUGCGAUGAUAGCCGCUUUAAUCAUUCUGCAUCCAAGCCUUGGUAUUAUUGUUAACACUAUUUCUUUGGGAAUAUCUUCCAGUCGGAUCCAUAUGCACGUAGAUGAAAGCGUAGACUGCAGAGGGAAAAAGCAAGUCUAAUAAUAUAAGGGUAUCUCUA